AUGGACACGGGCGAGAUCUUCAACCCAGGCUGCGGCGGGCCGGGCGGCGCCGGCUGCGACUGCGAGGACCGCGAGGAGUGGGGGCGCUACUGCUACUGGAAUCACGACCACGGCGACGGCCGCCCCAUGCAGUUCCUCCUCUUCGCCUCCGACGACAAAGAUCAACUGUGCAUACCAUGGGAGGUCUCAAGCAAGCUGAGAGAUAUGAUCCCCGACUCCGAGCCUAUCAAACUUGAAACUCCUGAUGGUCGCACGUACAGUGUUAAAUUCGUCAAGUUCGGCCAGAUAACUCUUACGACCGGGUGGCGGGGAUUUGUGGAUGCAAAUCACAUAGAGGAGAACAACCCCAUGUUGUUUGUGUACCGUGGGAAUUCAACCUUUAAUGUUCACAUAUUCAAUUCGUCCGGCCACGACAAGUCCUUGCCCUGCUCUCGACCACCUUGUGAUCAUCAUGUGCUGAAUGAACAAGUGGUGCCUCAUCCUGGACAUGUUGAUAGCUCAGCCCACUUUGGCUAUACCAUGUUGCCCGGAAGCUCUGUAACCAAGGCACAAGAUGAUAAACUGCUAGAAUGGGCUCAUACCAUCAAGUCUGGAUUUCCUCUUUUUGUGGCAGCCAUGGACGAGAGCAAUGUCAGCUUGAACGACUGCCAUGUUUACAUACCACGGUGUCUUGUGGGACAGUUCAAAGAGGAGGUGGUCAAGAUUGUAGCCCCUGACGGGAGUGAAUACGGUGUUGGCGCAAAGAAGCACAAUGAUGAUCAAAUCGUACUCCAAUCUGGGUGGGACAAGUUUGUGGCUUCUCAGUGCAUACAACAGAAUGACUUGCUCAUUUUCAUAAUUGAGGGGGAAGCUCGCCUCAAAGUUCUUGUCCUUGACCCAAGCGGUAGUGAGAAAACUUUUGACAUGGGAAACUCUUCCAAUGCCCAAGAAAAGCAACCACUCCCACCUACUGUUACUAACCUGAGUUCUGAGGACAAUGAAGUUACUGACCUGAGUUCUGCUUAUGAUGAAGUCGUGGGAAAAGACACUACAACAUCAAGGAGGGAGCAGAGGCCGCUACGAAGCUGUCGUGUAGAAGCUGAGAAGAUGGGUUCAACAUCCUGCCCUUCUACUAAAUCAGGUCAUAGACACAAAGCUGGCAACUCGAAUGAAGCCGGCAUAGAAGCUCCUAUGCCCAACAAGUCCUACAUAGUGCCCCAAGCAGGGGCGACGAAGCUAACUGUGCAACAGGAGGAGAAAGUUAAGGAGAAGGUCCGGGCGAUCGGAUCUGAAUUCCCUGUCUUUGUGAAGGUGAUGACGGCAUACGAUGUUUCCAAGAUAGCACAUCUGGCCUUCUGCAGGGAGUAUGCUUCGGCGUGUCGUCUCCCGCUCGAACAAACACCUCUCCUGCUUAGGCUGGAGGGUAGCAGUAUGCGGUGGAGUAGCGCGCUGAUGGUCCAGCAAAAUAACAAUGUGAGGCGGAUUUGCUCAUUCUGGCAGGACAUUGUCUCGCAAGCCGGGACGGAGGACUCCUCGUGGAACUGGCAGGCAGGAGCAGCAGGAGGCUCAGGAUGA